AGUCUCGUGACAUUAUCAUUGGAUGUUGGCACAACCUCACUCCUGUCCUCAAGACAUUUUGUUGAUAUUUUGAAGCUCAAUCACGGUGAGGGCAGGUAGGCUGUACUGUAUAUUGUUUACAUUUGGGUUGAUUCGAAAUGCAAUGCAGUACAAUUGAAUCCCCGCCUCCACAAGCAACUACACCGACACCUUUAAACCGGCUAGAUUAUGUACAACACAUACGGUAUGACAUAUCCCGAGAGCACAUAUCCAUAAUACCAUAGUCCAGAAAUACCCAUGGAAUGAGGACGCCAAUUCUAUCUGAACUCUAUAGAUACUUCCAGAACCCAUUUCACAUGACAUCCACAGUAGAUUUAGCCUGGAAUGCAUGACCAGAUCAAAUAGCUUUACCAAAACAAUCACCCUCUGUGACCAUAAUAUGUGUGUGUGUGUGUGUGUGUGUGUGUGUGUGUGUGUGUGUGUGUGUGUGUGUGUGUGUGUGUGUGUGUGUGUGUGUGUGUGUGUGUGUGUGUGUGUGUGUGUGUGUGCAUCCACGUGGCUCUACUGGCAUAGAGUUUAGAAUUCCAAAGGCAACAUUAGCAUGGAUAAACAGCAAGUGGUAGUUACCGUAGAAAUAUAAUGACUACAACAGGGAAAGCCCCCUCUGACCAUAGCAAUGCAGAUGUCGCUCCACCAUUUCCUGGUGGCAAAAUGUUCUAAUGUGCAAAUGUUCUAAUAGUUUGCCUAAUUUCAGUUUGUGACAAAACAAGUCAUUGUGUAGAGAAUCAUUGUACCAUCUAAACCACUGUGAAAUAAAUAUAAUUUAAAUGACCAAAAAUAUUGUAUUUUCAGCUGUUUGAAGCUGAUGCACUAAACCAAAAGAAAAAGACGCAAAAACUAAACUUAAGAAUGGAAAGUAUAGAAAUAGGGCACAUAGAGCUGGUCUUCCGCUUCUUAGACUUGCUUUCAAUGAGAAUUACAGAUCUAUAACACAUUUCUAUGUGAAUUUGAUCAGGUCUACCAAAAACGUACAUAUUGUAGCUUUAGCUGUCCACUCAUGGGUACACCAAUAUGACCUCCGGUCCACUGUCAUGGAACGUUGACUGGGGCUGUCCAUUCUAUAGGUUCUAUUUCUAUGGUACUCACACAUUCUCAUCUCUAUCUCUCUCUCUCCCUACUCAGGUUCCAGAACCUUCUUUGGUCGCGGAAAAGCUUUGUGGAGAGCAUGAAGGCCUACGGCUCCAGCUACAUUUACAUGCCAGCCUUCUCCAUGAAGCCGGGCACCGACCCCUCCCUGCGGGCACACUACGCCCUUGCCGACACCUCGUCCAACCUCACCAUGCUGUUUGCCAAUCCCGAGUUUCUCAGGACCGUGGGAAAGUUCUGGAAGGGUCGCGGAGUGCAUGCCAAGCGCCUGUCCACAGGCCUUUUCCUGGUCAGCCUGGCGCUGGGGCUGUGUGAGGAGGUGACGGCCUACGGCUUCUGGCCAUUCAGCGUUGGGCUUGACGAGCAGCCCGUCAGCCACCACUACUACGAUAACGUACUGCCGUUCAGCGGGUUCCACGCCAUGCCUGAGGAGUUUGUCCAGCUCUGGCAGUUGCACAAGAGCGGCACACUGCGUAUGAGGGUGGGACACUGCCCACCUCGGGAAGGGGCUAUAUAAGACUCAAGGGACCCUCCGCUAAUAAAUCUUCCCUUCCUUUCGCUUACAACCCUCCAGCCCCCUGCGAUCGUCCCCUGCAAACCACCCCCUUUUCUCCACCAUUAGCAUGAGAAUGUAACCCAUGGUUACCCACCCAGCCGAGAAAGCCCCCACACACCCUCUCUCUCUAUCCUGCCCUCCAUCCACUCUCACUAUGUGUGUGUUUGUGUGCGUGCGUGUGUGUUUGUGUGUGUGUGUGUGUGAGUGCAGAGAGGAGGUCUACUAACGGUCUCAGCUGGGGCUGGAGGAUUCUUUGUGUUUUGACUACUCAAUGUGACAUAGGGAGCAGCUGGGCCCAAUGCCCCCACUGAGUCUUUGUUAAACAGAGACAGAAGGAACAAUCCUAACCAAGAGGUUUUCAUAGAAGUCUUAAGAGAACAGACUGAAAGACUUGAAACACAGAAGGAAAAAGGAAAGGAGGAACCAAGCUGUCCUGGUACCAAGGUGUCCUGGUACUAGGCUAUGAGUGUCCUGGUACCUAGAUGUCCUGGUACUAGGCUAUGAGUGUCCUGGUACCUAGAUGUCCUGGUACCAAGGUGUCCUGGUACUAGGCUAUAAGUGUUGUGGUACCUAGAUGUCCUGGUACUAGGCUAUGAGUGUCCUGGUACCUAGAUGUCCUGGUACUAGGCUAUGAGUGUCCUGGUACCAAGGUGUCCUGGUACUAGGCUAUGAGUGUCCUGGUACCUAGAUGUCCUGGUACUAGGCUAUGAGUGUCCUGGUACCAAGGUGUCCUGGUACUAAGCUAUGAGUGUCCUGGUACCAAGGUGUCAUGGUACUAGGCUAUGAGUGUCCUGGUACCUAGAUGUCCUGGUACUAGGCUAUGAGUGUCCUGGUACCUAGAUGUCCUGGUACCAAGGUGUCCUGGUACUAGGCUAUAAGUGUUGUGGUACCUAGAUGUCCUGGUACUAGGCUAUGAGUGUCCUGGUACCUAGAUGUCCUGGUACUAGGCUAUGAGUGUCCUGGUACCAAGG